GUAAACGUUUUUAACUGGUGUUUUUUAUUACAGAUCAGAGGACGUUCCACAACAUUUCCGCCAGCGCAGUGGCAGCCUAGAGUCCCAGUCUCAGCUGACGGAGGCCGAGCCCCCCGUGCCGACCUUCAGCUUCACCCCCGCCCGACGCAGCAACAGCACCGAGAUCCUCGACGAUGGCUCCUCCUACACCAGCCAGUCCAGCGUGGAGUACAGCGUCCCCGGCAACCACACGAACAGGCGCAGAGCUCGCGGCCGCCACAGAAAAGACAUGUACGCCAACACGGGUAGCAUGCCCAACCUGGCUCAGCCUGACAAUCGCCAUGCCAACCAACCGCGAGCCAGACCCACCACCACGGCCUACUAUGUGACGGGUUACCCCAGCUACCCAGAACCAGAGCCUUACGCUAACGGAGUGUACAUGUACGACAACGAGAUGGAGGGACACUACACCGUCAAUCCUUCGUACCACCCAACACAGCCAACUUAUCACAGCCACGAAGUGCACGGUCACUACGGGCACGACGAGAUGGACGGCAUGUCGCAGAACCCGUACGCCACUUUGCGCCCGCCCAGGAAUCGACAGGUCCCCCGCGGCAACGAGCAGCCCGUCAAGAACUUCCAGAAAGCCAUCGUGGCAGAACAUUUGAGAGGCUGGUACCAACGCAACGCACAACAACCACAACAACCACAACAACAACCUGCGUACGGAAACUACGACUACGACAGAGGCUCGCAGCACAGCCUGGGCUAUCAGACCAUGCCUUCAGCCCAGAGCCACAACCACAGGAACAUCGCCUACUCCUCAGUGUCCUCGGCGUCCUUGAGUGGAAACUGGCACGGUCACAUGAGUGUUGGUAGUGCCAUGUCAGAAUACGACAUGCCCGCGCACGCACCGCAGUCCUACUCCUACAGCACGGCGCCCUACAGCCACUCCGCCCACAGCAGAUAUGGCGCCUCCCAGCUUUUAAAAGGCUCCUGGCUCAGCCCCGAAGGCCAGAGGCGCUGUGCCCUUUCCCCUGCUAGCUCUUCCUCUCCGCCCUCUUCCUCCUAUCCCUCCUCUUCCUCCUGCUCCUACUCCCCCGGGUGUCGGGAGAGGCAGCUUUCCUCCAGCCCUUCACGACCAAACUCCUCCAGAGGGCACAGGCUCAGUAAGGUGUCCUUUGCUAAAGAUGUCCCCCAGAGUUUGAGAGGCGGAGCCGUGGUAGGAUGGCGUUCCCUGCACGGCCUUUAGAGUGGCGUGGUGAUGUUGCCUAUGCUACCAAACAAGAGAAAUAACCCCCCCCCCUGUCCCCUCCCAUUAUCAGUCCCAGCACAGCAGAAAGGGUCCUACAUAGAUGUCAACCAAAUGGACCCGCACGUCAGUGACCAAAUGCACACGAACCCAGAGCUGGACGAUAAGAUACACUGGCACGAAGAUUCAAAACCGGGAACAAUAGUGUAAUCGCCGUCUGUCAUCAUCGUUUGAAUUCAUACACCUUGACAAGCUGUCAUUGUGCCUUAGACUGCACUUACCUGUUUUUCUCUGUACGCGAGGAUCCAAAGAAUGAAGGAACUUAACUUUCGUGAGAGUAAAGGAAUCUGUUGCCAAACUGACCCACAACGCUGUGAUCGUACCGAACAAAAAAGCCCACGGGAGCGUCUUCGUGUCUCUAUGGGAGUGCUUGUGGUGAUGAUGAUGCACUGAAACUGUACCAGGACCUGCUGUGGACUGUGUGGUGGAGACAAAGGGAAAGUGGAUUUCACAAAGCGAGGAUUACUGAGCCGCUGCGAACAACCCUCCGCCACACACAUGUAUGAACACUGUAACCAUGAAGGAUCGGACAAGGAGCGAUAAGGACAUUAUCAAAAAAAUGAAGGAUUGAAUGAGUCAAAAGGUGAUGGCUACUUCCUGGAACACUCUGCAGAGCCAGUUGUAUUGUAGCUUGUUACUAACACCCACCAUACUCUUUGUUUGUCAUUUCCAAAGUAUUCUCACUGUCAGUACUUACAAUACAAAUGAGCCAAAUACUUGUCACCAUUCUGAGUAUUACCCACACUUAAAUAUCACUGCCACAUCUGAUCAGUCACUGCAGGAAGACUUUUUUUAUUUGAACAUGGUUAUUUUCAUCCAUGCUGGAAAUCAUGGACUGGUGCUCCUAAUUUCUCUCAAGAGAAUGAAGCCGUAUGUAAAUGUUGGUUUUGUAAAUACACUGGUUCCGUCUUUUUUUAGAGCAUUUGUAUGUAUUUGAAAAGCAUGUAAUAUAUAGUGAAAACAAUGGUUGUUAAGCUGGUUCUUAGUCAUUUGUACAAUUGCAUUUGUUUGAAUAAAAAAAAUCAGCAUUUAGAUCA